AUGUCGGGAGACAAGACGCAGAACGGGAGCGGCGCGCAGGGCGACAAGUCGACCAAGAAGAAAGAUGCAACGCCGAAACCCAGCGAGGAGCAGCCUCCACCGCCGACAUUUGCGAAGUCUGGUAUUUUUAUGUUGGCCGUAGCCAUCGCCAUCUACAUGUACCAGACUGACUUCUUCGACCUCCGAAGACCGAAAGUCGACGUUCAGGAACCAGAACCUGUUGUGAACAGAACUGUCAUCAAGGCCGACUUACCCAAAAGAGACGCAAUAGUUGCGGCAUUCUCGCAUGCAUGGAUGGGAUACGAAAGAGACGCAAUGGGGUGCGACGAGUAUCACCCGCAGUCGAAGAAGGGGUCGAACUUGACGGAGGCUGGAGGGAUUGGAUACACGGUCGUUGACGCUAUUGACACGAUGCAACUCAUGGGCCUUGAAGACGAGUACAAGCGUUCACGCGAUUGGAUCGCAACGAAGUUGGAUUUCGACAAGGAGGGGAACUUCAACACCUUCGAGACGACAAUCCGUGUCCUUGGUGGUCUCCUGUCAGCAUAUCACCUAUCAGACGAAGAUCCAAUAUUCCUUCAAAAAGCCAAGGACCUGGCCGACCGUCUCCUCCCCGCAUUCAACACCCCCUCAGGUCUCCCUCUCUCCAUGGUGAACUUAAAAAAACGGGAAGGUGUCGACAAUGAGGAAAACCCCGGGCUGAUUAGCACAGCCGAAGCGUCGACGCUUCAGUUGGAGCUGAGGUACCUGAGCUACUUGACGGACGAUGAUGUCUACUGGGAUAGUGCGGAAGCAGUGAUGAGACUCAUCAAAUCGGUGACGCUACCUUCUGGAAUGGCUCCUAUUUUCCUGAAUGCGACGAACGGCCAAUUCUUGUUGUCUGAAAUUCGCUUGGGGUCGAGAGGAGAUUCCUUCUACGAGUAUCUGUUGAAGCAAUACCUCCAGACCGGAAAAACCGAACCCGUCUACCUCGGACUAUACCAAGGAACGAUGCAAGCCGUCCGCAACCAGCUGGUGCACACAGGCCUCAUCCAGAAUCACACAUAUACAGCGGAGCUUAUUCCGUCACGGCUACCAAACGGCGAGGUGAGUUGGCGCCUGUCGCCUAAGCAAGAUCACCUCGUCUGUUUCCUCGGCGGCUCCUUGAUGCUCGGUGCAACCACCAUUGGCUUAACUGGAAGGGCUGUUUCUGUACCUCCACAACCUGAAGAACUCAACCCAAUGGCUCAGGCGGAGUGGAAGCUUGGCGAGGAGCUCCUCGAAACGUGCAUGGAUACACACAAUACCUAUACUGGCCUUCCACCCGAGAUUGCGCACUUCUGGACGAAAGAAGACAAAGUGUAUAGGAAGCCGAAAAAGGACUGGUAUAUCAAGGGAAAUGACUGGCCCGGAGUACCCUCAUACGAUGCUCGUUAUAUUCUCCGCCCUGAAACCAUCGAGUCUCUCUUCAUCGCCUACCGCCUGACGGCCAACGAACGUUACCGUGAGUUUGGUUGGAAGAUCUUCCAGUCGAUAGAGCAGCACUGCAAGGUCGAAGAGGGAGGGUACUCGGCCAUCCUGAACGUGGACAGCCCGACAACGAUCAAGAUGGACAAGAUGGAGACGUUCUUCUUGAGCGAAACGCUGAAGUACUUGUACCUCCUUUUCUCUGACGGAGAUGUCAUGCCUUUCGACAAAUACGUCUUUAACACCGAGGCACACCCAUUACCCAUCUUCAGGCCAUCAACAAGGGCAGGUUUCUUCUAA